UUGCCAACUGAGCUACUCUCUUAGGGUUAUAUUCUUUUUUCGCCUAUUUAAAAGGAAAGAUUGGAAGCACAAGUUACUCAUGUGAUAUUGUAGUACCUAUUUAUAUUUCUUGAGCUUAACUGUGAUAUUUUAUCAAUGUGAUUAUCUAUCCACACCUCUUCACCUCUUCACCUCUUCACCACUUCCAUUCUUCCUUUGAUUUUGAGAAGGCAAAGAGAUGGCUGGCUUAUUUGAUCGUCAAGCAGAGGCAUACGCCGAUUCAAGGCCAAAAUAUCCCAGCGAAUGGUACUCAAAGAUCGCAGCUCUCACCCCUAAUCGAACCUUGGCUUGGGAUGUCGGCACCGGCAAUGGUCAGGCAGCAAUUGGGGUAGCUGAGCACUAUGAACAAGUGAUUGCAACUGAUGUGAGCAAAGACCAGUUAAAGCAUGCAACACCACACCCCAAGGUUCAUUAUGUUCAUACCCCAUUCUCCAUGUCAAAGGAAGAAUUAGCAUCAUUGGUAGGUGGUGAAGGUUCAGUUGAUCUGAUCACUGUGGCUGAAGCUGUGCAUUGGUUUGAUCACCCAACCUUCUAUUCUCUUGCUAAUCAUGUAUUAAAGAAACCAGGAGGUGUAAUUGUUGUAUGGGGUUACAAAAACUGCACUGUAGAUCCAGCCUUUGACAGAGUCAUGGAGCGAUUUAGGAACAGUUCUGCUGCUUACUUGCAUCCAAACAAUCAUUACUUAUCAGAUUAUUAUAGCUCACUUCCUUUUCCAUUCGAGAGCAUCGGUGUUGGAUCAGAAGGGAAUCCAUUGAUGCUUGAAUUACCUGUGGAGUAUUCAUUUGAUGGACUAUUGAAAUGGAUCAGCACAUGGUCUGUAGUCCCUUUAGCUAAAGCAAGUGGUGUUGAUUUGUUAAAUGAAGAUAUGGUUAAAGAGUUUGAGAGUGCUUGGGGUGGAUCUAAUUUGACAAGGACAGUGAUUAACAAGGCUUUCAUGAUUGCUGGCAAACCUAAGAUUUAAGCCCACUACUUAGUCUCAGAAUUAUAGUUUAAUGCAUCUUGUAGUGAAUGAACUAUCAUUGUCUUGCACACUUCUUUGAAUAAAACUCACACUAUAAAGAAGAAUCUCUUCACCACA